AUGGCUCAGGUUAAUAAAAUGGAUAUUAAGAAAAAUCUUAAAUUAUCUGAAGCAAAACGUGCUCUUCUCUUUAGUCAGGUUCAAUCUAUAUAUCAAUCGUCAUCCAAAUUAACGACAGAUCGGACUACGGAGAUCUUUUUAGUGAAAGCUCGUGAAGUAGACCACAUACGAUCGGAGUAUGUGGAUAUCAUCGAUAAAAUUAAUUUAUUGAAUUUAGAAUUAAAUGACGAUUACGUUGUAAAUUAUCAAUACGUGAAUGCGUUCGAUGAUAUUUACUAUCCAAUUAAAACGGUUCUUGCGUCUUUAGAGAACAUAACUCCACAAUCUAUCCCGAGCCACGAACCUAAACACGAAAUAGAUAUUCCCCGCGUAAUUUUACCCAUGUUUGAUGGGGAAAUCUACAAUUUUCCAUUUUUUUAUGAAACUUUUAAACGUUUAAUUCAUGAAAAUAAAAGAUUAACAGAUUCUGAACGUAUUCACCAUUUGAUGGGACACUUGUCCGGCCGUGCUAGGAACGUGUGUGCCGGUCUGGUGCCAUGCGCUGAGAAUUAUACGGUCGUAUGGAACGCCCUUAUUGAUAAAUAUCACGAUAAGCGCGCGUUGGCAACGUCGUAUUUAAAUCAAUUAUUUUCUAUGAAACCUCUUAACGGUCCUUCGGCAGUAAAUUUAGAACGAACCAUAGAUAAAUUCGCAUCUUUAAUCGCUGCAUUAAAGCAGCUUAAUAUAAAUGAUCUGAGUGAUUUUAUUUUUGUCCAUUUGGGAUUAAAAUUACUAGAUUCUGAUACCGCUAAAUGUUUCGAAAAUUCCAUUCGUAGUUCAGAAGUACCUGACUAUGAUGAGUUUGUGAAAUUUAUCCGCGAGCAUGUAAAAAUAUUACAUCGUAUCAAUAACCGCACUGGUUCCGUCGGCGGGUCCGCCGCGACGGCGCCAGCUGCGAGCGCGCGCGCGCCGCCGCCCGCUGCUGCUGUUCGCCCGCCUCGCGCUUAUUUAGCAGCAACUACUGCAGCUCCCGCACCCGUUUGUAUGUCUGCGUCCGCGUUACCGGCUUCGUGUAAUUUAUGCAGGGAACCCUCGCCCUCGCAACUACAUCUUUAUAAAUGCAAGCAAUUUCUUGCACUCGCGCCUAUUGAUAGGUUUAAAUUUAUAAAAAGUAAUCAUUGCUGUGGCAACUGUUUAAGUCCACUGCAUUCUACGUUGAAAUGUAAUUCAAAAUCUUGUUGUAGUAAGUGCAAUAUGAAACAUCAUACGUUACUUCAUUUUGGUAAGGACCAGUCGCAAGAGUCGCAACUAAUCGAUUCUACUGCUAAUGUAGCAUUAGUUGAUGAGGACGAAAACCCGUCCUUUGAUGACAUUUCUGUACCUAACGUCGCCAUUUGUAGUUUGUCAUCAACUCAAGGAGUCAUGUCGCCACGUGCCGUGCGUGCCUCGACAGAAGUGUUGGCUACUGCAAAGGUAUAUGCCAUUGGUCGCGACGGUCGUGACGUCACAAUUAGGUGUCUGUUAGACCCUGGUUCCCAAAAACAUUAUGUUACGGCUAGAUGUUGUUCUAAAUUAGGUCUCAAUGUUAACCGUAGCGCACCUGUCGUUGUUAAAGGCAUAGGUGGCGCUUCUCAAGUAAUUAAGGGAUCUGUAAAUAUGACUUUCAAAUCACGGUUUAACACUAAAUUUCAGUUUAAUAUUCAACCGCUAGUGUUAAACCAAAUUACUUGUUCUCUCCCUACAUGCCCUGUAGACGCAAUUAAUUUCGAGAAUUUUAGAAAUAUCCCACUGGCUGAUGACUCGUGGGACACACCGGGUGAAAUUGAUUUAUUAAUCGGUGUUAAUUUGUUCGCAAGGAUGUUGUUGUCUGGUAAGGUAGUGAAUCCUCCAGGCACGCCCAAUGCCCUCGAGACUGUGUUGGGAUAUAUCGUGCUCGGGGAAGCGCCUACGCUUGCGCAAUCCCCGCGUUCAUUAGCGUUGUGUACUACCGCUUCUUGUCAAAUUGAGGCGUUAGUUAGAAAAUUUUGGGAAAUUGAGGAGGUAGAAUCCAAAUCUAUUCUUAAUGUAGAUGAUAAACAUUGCGAGGAAUUUUAUACUGCCACGACUACUCGUGAUUCAGCAGGCAAAUAUAAAGUGGCAUUGCCAUUUAAAUGUAGCCCCGACUUACUUGGUAACUCCUUUGACGUCGCAAAACGCAGAUUUUUAUAUUUGGAGCGAAAAUUUAUUGCACAACCCCAAUUAAAGCUUUUAUAUGAUGACGUCAUACAGGAUUAUAUAAAUAAAUUGUAUUUGUCGCCGGUGCAUAGUGCACAGGAACGAAGUGAUCGCUGUUAUUACAUUCCACACCACGCUGUAGUGCGUGCAGAUAAAAGUAGUACGAAGGUGAGACCCGUGCUAGACGCCAGUGCGAAGUCGAAUAAUGGAUUGUCUUUAAACGAUGUCCUGCACAGUGGUCCCAACUUACAAAGGGAUCUUUUGACUAUAUUAUUAAACUUACGUCUUUUUCCAAUUGCCUUAUCGGCUGAUGUAAAACAAAUGUAUUUGAGAAUAGAGGUACGUAAGGAAAAUCGUUGCUUCCAACGUAUCUUAUAUCGUUUUCGCCCUGACAAUCCUGUUCAAAUUUAUGAAUUUAAUAGUGUUGCCUUUGGGCUUCGGUGUAGUCCAUAUUUGGCAUUGCGCACCAUAGCUCAACUUGCAAUUGAUGAUGGCGCUCGCUUUCCUUUAGCUAAGGAAAUCGUAAACAGAGAUUUGUAUAUGGAUGACAUAGUAACUUCUAUUAUGAAUCCUGAGUAUGCUAUAAAUGCAUCUCAAGAAUUAAUAGCAUUAUUUGCGGCAGGAGAUUUCCAACUGGUUAAGUGGUCUAGUAACUGCAAGGAAGUUCUGUACAAAAUUCCAGAAGAUUAUCGACUGUCACAACAUGUAGAAUUUGAUAAAAAUGAUGUUUUAAAAAUUUUGGGGCUCUGUUGGGACCCUAGUAAUGAUGUUUUCACAUUCAAGGUUAUCCCAGACGAACGACCUUGUACUAAAAGAAAUAUAUUAUCUUCAGUCGCUCGUUUAUUUGAUGUUUUGGGUUUGGUAGCCCCGGUAAUCCUAUACGCAAAGCUGCUGAUAAAAGAGUUAUGGAUUCUAAAGGUGGACUGGGAUGCAACACCUCCUCCACAUAUAAUAAAGUGUUGGUCUCAGUUCCAAACGGAACUACCGCUUAUUUCGAAGUUAUAUUUUCCUCGUCACCUAGGGGUCGUAGAUCAAUGCUCCGUCACUAUUUUAGGUUUCGCCGAUGCUAGUCAGAAGGCUUACGGUGGGGUAGUUUACGUUCAUGUAACACAUGCACAAGGUUCAAACCAAAUAUCUUUGGUUUGUGCGAAAUCAAAGGUUGCGCCGUUAAAGGUAAUUUCGCUUGCUCGCCUUGAGCUUUGCGCUGCUGUAAUUCUAUCCCAGCUGAUUAAACGUGUCUAUGAAACUUAUUCAGCUAGGUACCCUAUAGAUGCAAUUUAUGCAUUUUCGGACUCCACAGUUGCAUUAAACUGGAUUCAUUCAUCGCCUCAUAGGUGGCAUACUUUUGUAGCCAAUCGGGUUACGAAAAUUCAGGAUAAUUUACAACCUGAACAUUUUUAUCAUAUAAAGGGCAGUGAGAACCCUAGCGAUUGCCUCUCACGGGGGUUAACGCCAGCUCAAUUAUUGAGUCAUCCACUUUGGCUCCAUGGUCCCCUAUGGGCCUCGUCUUCAAGGGAUAAUUGGCCUGUUAAACCCUUCACUGUGAUUGCUAACGUAGACAUACCUGAAUUGAAACCGGUCUCAAUGAUUUUGACGUAUGAAGAACUCUCAACCGUACUCACUCAAAUAGAGUGUUUAUUAAAUUCACGGCCUUUAACUGUUUUAAGUUCUGAUCCAUCAGAGCUGGAGGCUUUGACUCCUGCGCAUUUUUUAAAUACUUCUCCGCUUAAAAUGCUUCCCGCAUUGGAACGAUUAGAAGCCUCUCCUAAUCUUCUUAAGAGAUACGAACUUCUUGAUCAACUUAUUAGAUCUUUUUGGAAGCGUUGGCGUGGAGAAUACUUACAUACUUUGCAAGUUAGGCAGAAGUGGAACACUCCUGCUUUCCCUGUGCGUGAAGGUAUGGUAGUUGUUGUAAUGCAGGAUAAUGUUUUGCCAUUACAAUGGCCCCUUGGGCUUAUUGUUGGAAUUUAUAAGGGCAAGGAUAAUGUAAUACGUGUAGCUCAAGUGAAAACAAAGGCUGGUAUUUUACAAAGGCCGGUGGUAAAACUGUGUCCGUUACCAUCACAAUAG